AGAGAGAGCAAUGGCGGGCUCGGUGCGGGCGGUGCUCGGGCGCCUGUGGCAGGAGUACGCGGGAGGGACGGCGCUGCGGCUGCAGCUGCUGGACUGUUACCUGCUGUAUAUGGUGCUGAGCGGCGCCGCGCAGUUCCUCUACUGCGGCCUUCUCGGCACCUUCCCCUUCAACUCCUUCCUCUCCGGCUUCAGCGCCUGUUUGGCCGCCUGUGUGUUGGCGGUUUGCCUGCGGAUACAGAUCAACUCCCAGAACAAAGGGGAAUUUGCCGGCAUCUCCCCGGAGCGGGCGUUUGCUGACUUCCUGUUCGCCAGCACCAUCCUCCACCUGGUCGUCAUCAACUUCAUUGGCUGAGAUGAGAGUCCUGAGGUAUGAGGAGGGAAAUCAUUGAGACUGGAUUGGAAGAUAAUUGAAUUGUCUCGCCGCGCUGUUCAACAUUUGUUUACACAAUCUUCUGCUUAUUCCAUAAUCAAAAUAAAAUAUACUUUCU